UGUGACAGACAUUAGUGCGCGACUCCUGUCGGCUGGUGGAGGCGCAAGCGCGAGACUCGUUCAUCUCACACACAAGGAACUCGAGCUCCGUUGUGUUGUCCACGGCAACCGACUCACGUUAUCGCUGUCAUUAUUGUUUCUCAGCAAAGGGAAUCGUGGAUUUUAACGGGUCGCUUUGCAGGCAUGUCGAAACUAAAGCUAAUAUCUGCAGAGGACACUCAGUACCCAGCAUCACUGUUGAAGUCCAUCAAUGAUGAGCGACACAGCGGUAAAUUCUGUGACAUCACCAUAGUCGUGCAAGACCGCAAGUUCAAGGCGCACAAAUGUGUGCUGUCUGCCUCGAGUACCUAUUUCCGACAACUUCUCUCAGUUGCUGGAAAAGUUGUAGAGCUGAACUUCCUCAAGGCAGACAUCUUCGAUGUGAUCUUGAACUACAUAUACACUUCAAGAAUCUACAGGGUUCGAUCUGACAGACUUGAGGAUCUCAUCAGCGCUGGUCAGGUUUUGGGCGUGACGUUUAUAGCCAAUUUAGGAACGCCACUCGCACAAGUCAAGGGAUUACCAGGCCUGUCCAAAGAAAGUGACAACAACAGCGUCAAUUCCUCCGAGAAAAACGAGACCAUAGCCGAGGAUAUGCCGAUCAUUACCGAGACGUUCUCGCUGUCUGCUGAAGAGUUCAACAUGGCAGGUGGUAAUGCAGAAAAGGAAGUGGACUCGGAUGAUGAUAUUCUUUUUGUCUCAAAAACAGAGGCGCCGCAAGCUCAAAAGACCAAGAUAACAGAUGUCAACGACACCGAAGGAGGACCAGAGGCUAAAAAACAAAAAGUUACAAACGAGGAAGGAAUUGCCUCUGAAGAUUCAAUAGCCCAAGUAAGUAAAGACAAGCUUCCUUCUGAAAUCAAUACAUCUCUUCAAAAUAACCUUGAGCCCCAACCAGACGUCGUGCUCCUCUCAAACCCAGAAACCAGUAGCAGUAUUCUCACUUCACCAGUAAAAACGAGCUCACACAGUGAGCCCACAACCCCAGCUUGUGUGAACAGCCUCCCUUCAGAUCCUCACAGCACCUCACUACCUUUAGACAACAACGAAAUACUUGGCGUCCAAAAGAAAAAGGUCCUUCUUGAGCACUCGCCCGAUCAUCCCGGAAAAAUCAGACUGUCGGACGUAAGGCCAAUGUAUAGCACCAAUAAUGGACCGAUACCUGAAAUAAACAUGGUCCCAGCUAUGUCUGCGAAAAAGACGAUAACGUUAGACAAAGCCUCGGAAAUCGAUUCGCUAUCGCCGGGUUGUAAAGUAUAUGCCAAUAUUGGUGAAAACACCUACGACAUCGUUCCAGAAAAAGACGAUGCCGGGGAGGGAGUGGCUCCCGGUGGGAAAUCGCAAAUGCCACACGGUUCUCCCAGCAUGACCAAUAAUAACUCGCCUCAAAGAAAGAAAAAAUCAAAGCUGGAUCAGGAGGAUCACUAUGAACUCAUCAUGGACGGAAAGACCUUUUACGUGUGCAUUGUGUGCAAGCGUCCCUACGUGUGCCUGACGAGCCUCAGGCGGCACUUUAACACUCACUCGUGGGAACGAAAGUAUCCGUGCCAUUACUGCAACAAGGUUUUCGCCCUGGCCGAGUACAGAACCAAACACGAAAUCACGCACACAGGCGAAAGACGGUACCAGUGUUUACUGUGCAAUGAAAUGUUUCUCAAUUAUCAGAUAUUGUCCACCCACUGCAAGCAAAUGCACAACCAAGAUCCUUCGGGAAGGAAAGAGAAAGAUGACUCUUGCAACAACUUGUAUCGUCUGCUGCCUUGUAAAACGUUGCAGUUCAAACCCUAUUCCUUUGUGUCCGAGGAGUCGGGGGGGAUUCCGGUGAUCAAUGAAGAUGGGAUUGUCCAACAUGUAAACCCCGACAAAGAGCACUUUACCAACCAGCCACUUCCAUCUAGCCAAAACAAAGCACUGAGCUGGGAUGACAUCUUUGUAGAAUCCGAAGCACAAAACAGGCCGAUGGCUCACGUUCGAUCAGGACAACGGCCUGUCGACCAAAUAAAUGCUGAAACCACGAACGAAUUUGAGUUUGUUAUACCAGAGACGUACUGAGCAUGCUCGUUCACUCCUCUGGCUCAGGUGCCUUGUUCAUUUGUUCGUGUUUAAAUUUGAGCCGCAGGUUCUGUGGACCAUUUGAUUGAAAUCUCAACUCCAGUAUCCAUGAACUGAAAAUGGAAAAUUGUUUCAAGGUGCUUUAAUGUAUAUUUAGAAACAUUUGUUACUUAGCGCUGGAUUACAGUUCAAUUUCACAGUCCAUUAUUAAAUCUUAAUAAUGCUUCAUCAGAUAAUAUGACAAAGUAGAUAAUACAUAUUUUAUGUACAGCUACAUUAGAUCUGUGUAGAGCUGACCUUUAAUAUUUUCUGUUCCAUUUUCUGUUCUGCACAGUACAACCAUGUUGGAUGUAAUUUGUAGGGAUCAAGUACAAACUGUUGCAGUUUAUUUUUUACAAAUAUGUAACUUUAAUGUGUAAAUGCUUUUUCGGAGUGUUACAUAAAUUCCAAAAUCAAACAUAACAGUGAAAUCAGUAAACGGUGAAAGAGACGCUAACAUUGUUUUAAUUUUCUUGUUGGCAAAUUGUAGUUUUUAAGAAUUGUUUGGCACUAGAUAGAUCAGUGUUAAUGGCAGGUUCUGGUCAUGCGAUAAGAACUGGUUUGAAUGUUUGUAUUUAUAGUUUUUGAUGAUUGUCAGCCGUUUUUAAGAAGGAUGGAGUAAAUAUAUAAAAUGUUUAUGUCAUCUGUCCAUUAAUUAUGUUUUGAGGUUGUUUAUUUAUAUUACAUUAUGAACAUUUGGACCUGAAGAGAAAUAUUCAUCCCUCGUCCGGGCAUGUCUAGAGAAACAAGAUACUGAAAUGUCCAGGGUAUUCUAAGGGUAAUGUUGGUAAUACAAAGGACCUCUCUUUUUAUUUUGUAUAUACAUGUAUAUCAUUUUUACAAUUAUUUUUUCAGCAUAGUUUUAUAAUUAAUUAGCUUUGUGGGCUGUGAGAAGAAUCUGUGAAUAAAAUGAUUCCUUCAGUCAGAACUAGUGCUCUAACACCAUAAUCAUGUACAUAAUAGUACUAAAGACCUUCAUUUUAACAGUUUCUUCCCUUUCGGAAACUAUUUAUUAUUAGGUCUUAGUGUGAUAUUGAAUGAAAUAAAACUUUGACGAACAUA